AUGCCCAAACGCGCCGAACGCGGUGUGACUGUUUUGCACGAUCCCCGGGCGACUCCCAGCAAUGAUGGAAGCAUAGCCGAGAUCGCCGUUGACGUGGUAGCUAUCCACGGACUGAACGGCGACGCCGAGCAAACAUGGACGCACCGAGAUUCCGGAACGCUGUGGCUAAGGGACCUUCUUCCUGUUCAAAUACCAGCCAUCCGCGUUCUCACCUACGGAUAUGAUGCGCGGAUUGCCAACUUUACCGGCCAGCAACAUCUCAGAUCGAUUGCCAUCAAGCUGAUAAGCGAGCUUGUAGACCUUCGACGGACCAGCGAGGCCUUGUUACUCGAUCGACUCAGCGCUGACAAGCUUGUUCAGGAUUGCGUCCGCGGGGUGAUGUUCUUCGGUACAUCCACCUUGGAGGCUCAGACCCGUUUCGCUGAUGCUGACUACCUGACAGGCACUCCCCAUAAUGGGAGUGAUAUUGCCACCACCGGCAAGAUUCUGGCGGCUCUAGUGUCCAAGAUUUCGCCCCUUAAUGCGCCAACAGCACUUCUUGGAAUGCUUCGAAAGAAUUCGCAAGAACUGUUUGAAAUGACCGAAGACUUCGUCAAACGCCGCGGCGAUAUCGAGCUGGUUACAUUUUACGAAACUCGCAGAACCCGAGUUGGGUGUGUAUUUAAGACAAUGGUCGUGGAAAGGAGUUCGGCAAUCCUGAAUCUCGGCCCUGAAAAUACCAUCCCUCAAGAUGCGGACCACGUUCAGUUGGUCCGCUUCAGCAACACCAACAAAACGAACUUUCGACCAGUAUUGUACCGUCUGAGAGAAUGGGUUGACAAGUUCAGGUGUGACUCUUCAUCUGAAACCACGCAAACGACCAGUGACAGGAGCAUGGGAGCUAAUGCAAGCAAAAUUGCAGUCACGACAGCGCGGGCGGUAUUUCUCGCUCCUAGUGGGGAGCCAUGCCAAAGCUUAUAUGGGAGAGUAGGAGGGGUUGGAAAAACACGGGUAGCUCUGUGCUAUGUAUUGGGCCACAUGUUGCAAUACAAAUGCGCGGUUGUAUGGCUGAACGCUGGGUCGCAAGCAUCACUUGAAAAUGACUUUCAUCGUUUGUACGACGCAUUGCAACUGAGAUGCCCUGGUGACAGGAUUGAGGCAGUGAAGGGCUGGCUUUCUCAAAGUCAUAAUCAAAAAUGGCUACUCAUUUUCGAUAACGCGAACACUCCGGACAAGGUAGGACUGGAAAAAUAUAUACCAAUGGUGAGCUGGGGCCACAUUAUUUUCACGACGCGCGACCAGGCGGUUAUGGGGACAUUGUGUCAGCGGUGGAUAGAGCUUCAGCCACUCCCAAAAGAAGCAUCUGUUAGCCUUUUGGUCGAAACUUCAGGGCCAGCAAAUUCAAACCAACCCGACAUGCAAGCAGCAGAGGAGGUGGCUCAAACUCUGGGGUAUUUGCCGCUAGCAAUGGUCCACGCCGCGGCGUUCAUGCGAUCGCGGUAUAAAACGUUCAGGCAAUAUGCACACAUGUUUGCCACUGGACCAGACCAACUGUUUGGAUUCACUCCACGGGUAGGAUCGCAACAGAGUCCUGUGCUCAGAACUUGGGAGCUCAGUUUCAAGGAGCUGGAACAAGACUCACAAGACGCUGUUUCUAUCCUUCUCCUCUUCUCAUUUCUGGACCCGGCCUCUAUACCGGAAAUUCUUCUGCACCGAGGCUGCACCGCGAACAGAAGAUGGGACGAUGACGGGGAAAUUGUGGAUGUUGCGGCGCAUGAGGAAGGUGUGGAAGAGGACUUGGCGAGCCUCAUCGGCAAUGAGUUUAGGCUGGAUGACGCAAUUGAACGACUAUUUGCUCUGUCUCUUAUAAGCUGCCAAACAGGGCCAGAUACUGGCCGAACGUUCUCAAUACAUCCACUAGUGCAGCACUGCGUCGUGAACAGGUUAUCUCCUGGUAAAGUGAGGAGAUGGAGACUUCAAGCCCUCCUACUUGUGUGCCAUGCAUUCCCAAGGAACCGGUAUCUUGAGCCAAGCAACGGAGUUAUAGGGCGAAGGCUGUUACCACAUCUGCGGCGUGUGCUACUCGAGUACGAUGAGGGUUGUAAGUCCGGCGAUAGCGAAGACCAAAUACCCAUCUUUCGGCACGCAAUCGCGUCUACCCUGCUGUCCGCAUCUCGGUACUCGGAUACUGACUGGAAACGGGAGGCGAUAACGCGCACAAAGACCACCCUGCAUCAGGACGAUGAGCCGUUUUUAAACACGGAACUUGCGCAUAGAAAGAGAGCUGUGCAAAGGAUGUUCGGGGUCCCAGAUACUGAGAAGACGGUCCUUCACGAAACCUUUCAUCCCGGUGCACAGGCCGGACAGCAUUCCAGACAGGCGAGCAAGAAAUACAAUGCUCAGUUGGGAGAAAUGAUUAUUUCUAGCGCCGGUGGACUAAUUCGGGAAGGAAAACUUCAAGCAGCUGAGGCCAAGCUCUGUCAGUGGAAGCCGCUGGGGACCCCAUCCACGCUCGAACGGAUAACGCUAAGGGCACAGCAGAUGAACUUGGGCAAAAUGCUCCGUCUGUGUGGAGCGUUUGAUCUCGCACUGGUCAAGCUAGAUUCCCUGUUUAGGGAGAGCAUGGGAGAUGUCUUUUUUGAGGGAAGCGGAUGGCAUAUGGUUCUCGUUCGGGAGCUUGCCGGUCUUCUUUGUGAAGUUGGUGAUCCAGUUCGGGCGGAAAAGAUCCUCCUGGAUACAUUAGAACCGAUGGCAGAGGCGAAUAUACUGGAUAUAAGAAACGGUCGCCGGCUCCGCCUGUCGCUUGCUGAGACAUAUCUCCAACGGCACAUGUUUGAGCAGGCAGAGGAGCUUCUUUUCCUCCUCAAGGAUGCAUUCGAGUCUGACGGACAUCUGGACAAUCUGGCGCAAGAGAGCGUGUUUCGUAUUUGGAUGAUGCUCGCUAGAAAGUCACAUACGCAAUUCGCAUGGGACGAAGCACUUUCGCGAUGGAGGAAGGCACUGUCGGUGUUGGAGAGUAUUGGGUAUGGGAACGGGGCGCAUGCGGCGAUCGUUCGCAAGUCGAUCGGCCAUGCGCUUUGGAUGGCUGGCACGGGUGACAAACAGCAGAUUCAACGAAUUUUGUGCCUGGCCGCAAGUGAUUGCGCCCAUGGAAGUCGGAUUUACUGGGAGCCACGAUUUGAUUCCAUCUGGCACGACCAUAUCGAGAAAGCCCUGCAAGAUGUUGGGAAGGAAAACAAAGGCGCCGCCACGUGA